AAUUCUUCAGAAUUCAUUUCCGUCGAUAUAAGCUCGUUUUUAUUUGCUUUUUCAUUGGAUUUCUUGCUCACUUUGCGAAGCUUCGGGGAAACGGAUAAGAGCAGGGGGGCUGUUCGAUGAUAAAAGAUGUGAUGAAAAGGCGCGACGCAACGGAUCUAACGAGGAUGGGAAAGUGCUCGAAAAUGCAUCGAAAAAGCAAAUUCGAAAUAAAGUUAAUUAAGGAAUAAACAAACUUUUCCAUAAGUGAGAAAGUGAGAAAAAAAUAAUGGCUCUGCUCAAAGACAUCGAGCCGUUAUUCGUCGGCGCUCGAGUUUUUGGGUGCACCCCUCAUCGUAUUACGGAUCGCGAUCUAUUGGUGACGAAAUGGGGUUACGCGUAUUCGUUGCUCCUCGGAUUGAUUUUCCUCUACGGAUGCAUCGCCGGGAUUUAUUUGAUAAGCGUUGACAUAAUGGAAGAAAAAAUAUUGCUUCUGACGGCCGGUAGAACGAUUCUCUCGUACAUUUGCUUCUUCACCGACGCUCUCUUGACCAUGAUUUGGAACGAUAAAUUGAGGAACUCGAUUGCCCAUUUACACGACUUUGACGUCAGUACAAAAUUCAAUCAGAGCAUAAACAUCGCGCUUUUGUAUCGUUGGCGUCUCGCUCUCGCUGCUGUCGUCCUCUUCUGGUGCAUCGUUGGCUACGCAUCCUUCAGGUGCGAAAGAUCUUGGCCAUUGUUCAACGGAAUCUGUUAUGGAAUAGUGAACGCAGCGAUGUCGAUGCAAGUACUCAAAUUCAUCGGUUUUCUCAUGCUUCUUUAUCAGAGAUUCGGUCACUUGGAAAAGUUGAUAUUGACCGAAGGAACGAAUGAAAAUGGCUUUGCAGGCUCAAACAUCGGGUCUUUCGGUCAUCCCAAUCCGAGGAUUCAGCUUCACGACGUCUGGUGGCUUCACUGUCGACUAAGCGAUUCGGCCGAGCAAAUUAAUUCGGUUUAUACGGUUCAGCUGCUCUUCUGGAUAACGACCAUGUUCUUGAACGCGUUGUCACGCAUGUACACCCUAACCGGGAGUGACGGAGACAUGAGUUUUCUCAAGGUGCGAGAAACCAUGUCCGUCAUCGCCUGUCUCAUCAAUUUACUUGUUAUCACUCUCGUCUGUCACUUCACGGCUCUUCAGGGAAAUAGAGUCGGAAGCACGAUGUUUUGUCCACGCUCUGUGUUAAUGAGGAAACGAUCCUACGUUGAGGAUAACAUCGAAGUUGGAAUGUACUUUCAUCUUCGAAAACUGCAUUUUUCCGCAGGGGCAGGAUUCAUUCGUAUCGAUCUGCCACUUUUGCUGUCCAUCGGCGGAGCGAUGACCACUUAUCUCGUCAUUCUCCAUGCACUCAACAACGGCUAACAACUUUUCCCUUCUCCUAUUCUCCUCCUUCGAGACGUCCGGAGAUACAGUUUUUUCGUAAUUCGCAAACACUUUUUUUUGUAGAUUAUCCGCUUGGUUGAGUUUUAAAAAUAAAUUUCAAAGAUAUUGUAUUAGAAAAGAUAAUAUUAAAAGGAGAAUAGAAAUAAUGUGCCCGGGCGAAAGCUACGAAUACUAAAAAUUCAGUAAUAUCAGUGAAUGAAUAGCCUGUCCGGGUUAAAAUCGAAGAAUCGAGAGAUUGUUUGAAAGCAUGAGAAUGCGGGCUGCGCGUGCUCCCAUAUUUCCUGAUUCUCUCGACGGCGAAUCUAUACGUUCCGUUUUAGUUUGGCGCGAACUCCGGUCCAGGAAACUGCGGCUCCGUUCCAAAGGUGUUUCCCAGGCGACGGCCUCGUAAAUAAGAAAUAAAUAGAUUUUUUUUUAUUCGAAAAUAAAAAACUUCAAGAGCAUAUGAAUUUUUGUGUUUGAACGUCAUCUGCUGCGUUUUACGCUCAACUUGGAAGCCAAUUUAAAAAGUAACUAACGAUUGUUUGAUAGCUGAUAGCGCAUGCGGCGCGUAAAAAAUUUGUUAUCAAAGACGACGAAGAACGAUUUUCGUAUGUAAAUUUGUGGGCAUAUGUUUUUUGUAUUCGAAUUGCAAAUUUCACGAAAAAUUUCGUUGUUGUCUAUUUCGCAAAGAUAUUUUAUUUCGUUUGUGUGAUCAACAAGAUUCCACUGAUUUCGGAAUCGAUCGAAGCGAUGAACGAAGCAAAGUUCAGUAAAAAUGGAAAACAAAGUCAGUUUUUCUUAAGCAAAUUCUUUCUUCAUUGUUAUUCAUUUCAAUAACUAUAGCUGUUCAUAUAGUUUGAGCUUUAACAAUAUUGUCUUCGCGUUUAAAAGAAGGGAUGUUGUUUUUCAAAGGGUAUUUGAAGUAUCAAAAGAAUAUUUUAUUCUUUACCUUUUUUGAAAUACCUACCCCUUGGAAUGUAUUUCUUGCCGAUGCGUAAUUUAUAUUCAGCAUGACGCCAAUAUGUAUUUCAGUUCAAACGUUUCGUUUUCAAUAAAGCGAACACAUCCAA